AUGACUGACAAAACCAACAUGUUGGACAAGCUCCGUGCUCUGGUAAAGAAGGAGCUGACAGACUAUGCUACAAUGUCCAGUCUGCCUUCUCAUUUGAGUCCAGAUGUUGAAGAAGAAGAGUCUUCAAAUGCAAACGGCCAACGGCAAUUUAGCAUCCGCAUUGGUGCGAAAAGGCGGCGAUUACAGCAACGUUCUGACACUGAGACGGAUACUAACGAGGAAGUUAGGGGCAUCCAUCCGAAAUGGAGAGUGAAAAUGAUCCAAUGGGCAUUCAAAGUCGUGGACCAUCUUGACCUCGAUCGAGAGAUUGUGGCAAUUGCCAUAAAUUACCUCGACCGAUUCUGUCUUGAAGAUUCAAGGCCCAAUGGAAUUGAUCGCAGAACCCUUCAACUACUUACGCUUACGUCUCUCUACAUUGCCAUCAAGCUAUUCGAAUUUCGCGCUAUUCGAGCAAGCGAUGGGGAUGGGGCUGCAACUACAACAUUGGAGACCCUUCUUCUCCUCACUGGAUCUCCAUUCACCAAACAGGAAAUGGAGUCCAUGGAAUACGAAAUCCUGGACGCAUUGCAAUGGCAAGUUCACCCUCCAACAGAACAGAUCUUUAUCGCCCACUUCAUGUCAGCAAUGCCACCUUGUGACUCCAGGGUACAGCGACUUUCAUUAUACCUGGCGGAAUUGUCUUUGUUGGACUCGUUCUUUGCCAGUUAUAGGACAUCGGAGACUGCUUAUGCAGCUCUUCUCUUCUCAAGAGGUCGAGUUCUUCACAAUGAAGAAACCCCUUUCUCUCUCAAGUUGUCGCAAUCUAGACACCAUGAUUAUGACAUUCAUAAUCCAAGAAUCAGGGAGUGCUACGAACGCCUAUCUGAUCUUUUUCGAAAUAGUGAAGUAGAGUCUGCGGCAGAAUCUGCGAAUGACAAUGAAGACAAUGGAAGGGUUGCAUCACCAGUCUCGGUUACAGCUUCGAUCCUUUGA